AUGUCUGCCCCAUCAAGUCUUCGCCAAAGCCAGGCUGCGCGACCAGAUUCCCCUCAUACCCCCCAACAACCACUCCGCUCCGGCAAUACUUCCUUCGCCAGCAACACAUCACCGGGCUCAUCCUUUCGCAACGAAGACGACGCGAUUGUAUUUGAGAUUGGUGCGCGAUGGCUACGAGCUGGAUUUGAGGGCAGCAGCUCCCCGGUCUGUGUGGUGGGAUUCGGGCCCGAGGAAUCGAGGAGAGCGGGAGACUAUCGGGGGUGGAUUGAGGGCGGUUCUGGAGUACGACUAGCAGCGCAACCCGUCGAUGCCGAAGAUUGGACUCGAGAAUACGAAUUGUGGAGGCUGGACCUGCGACAAACCGACCUUGGGUUGGUAGAGGACAAAAUUGAACGCGCCUUCCGUGAAACAUACAACCAAUACCUCUUGACCGACGCAGGCACAUCUCGCCUGGUCUUGGUUCUGCCCUCUCUCAUGCCCCAUCCGUUACUUUCGUCGCUGCUUUCGACCUUGUUUAGCCGCUGGCGCUUCCCCAGUAUUACGCUCCUACCGAGUGCGCCCAUGUCAGCGACCGCUGCGGGAUUGCGGUCUGCCCUGGUGGUAGACAUUGGCUGGGCGGAAACCAUAAUCACAGGUCUCUAUGAAUACAGAGAGGUCACCACAAAAAGAAGCACAAGGGCAAUGAAAGGCGUGCUACAAGAAUUCGGCAGGCUUCUUACUGGGUUGACUCCCAGGAUUGAGCAGGACAAUACUCCCACAGACGGCAUCUCUGUAGGAUUCAAAUAUUGUGAGGAAAUUGUCUGCCGACUUGCUUGGUGCAAGGAGCGGGCUCAGAAUGAGACUGAAGAGCUCUUUAACCAGACCGUUUCAAUACCUUCACCAACGAACCCAGAACAGGAGUUCAUUGACGUGCCAUUUUACCGCCUCUCAGAGCCCGUCGAGAAGGCGCUCUUUGCCCCGGAUGUGCCAGAGAGUGAAUUGGACGACGAGGAGAAACCUCUUCCACUUCUUGUUUACAAAGCUCUGCUCGCACUCCCGCCGGAUGCGCGUGGAACAUGCAUGUCACGUAUCACUUUUGUGGGUGGCGGAGCUCGAAUCCCUGGCUUGCGGCAGCGGAUCUUAAAGGAUGUUUCACGCUUGAUUGACCAACACGGAUGGAGUCCCAUUCGAGGAAAAGUCAUUGAACGGCAACGCCAGCGAUUGGAAGAACUACGAAUUUCAUCUUCAAUUAAUGGCGAGAACCAGCCAGUUCCAAAGGAUGGAGGGUCCUCGCCCAAAGACGAAAAACCGGACCCAUCUAGAGAUGAACCUGAAGUUGAUUUCGUGGAACAAAAGCUGCGCCGCCAGAACAAAGACACACCCGUUCCUGUUCAAGGAAUUCUACGGGAGAUUGAUUCCCUGGGAGCCUGGGCUGGAGCUAGCUUGACGACUAGCCUGAAGAUCCGUGGAAUGGUGGAGAUCGAGCGUGAAAAAUUCCUGCAGCAUGGGCUUGCUGGUGGUACGCGAGACUCAGAACCUACACCUGAUCGUCGAUCGGGCCUGAGAGCAGGCGAUCGUUCCAGUUGGACCUUGGCAGGAUGGGCAUGA